UUGACCCCCCCAAAAAAUAGGAGGAGAUUGAGGCGUGUGUGGAGCUGCUGCAGGAGCGCUGCCGUCGCCUGGGCUCCAAGAUGGCGGAGCUGCUGGUGCUGCCCAUCUAUGCCAACCUCCCCUCUGACAUGCAGGCUCGUAUCUUUGAGCCCACGCCGCCGGGAGCCCGCAAGGUGGUGGUGGCCACAAACAUCGCGGAGACGUCGCUGACCAUCGAUGGCAUCGUUUACGUUUUGGACCCCGGGUUCUGUAAGCAGAAAAGUUACAGCGCCAGGACCGGCAUGGAGUCCCUCAUAGUCACUCCCUGCUCCAGGGUAACAGUGCCCCCCUCUGACAGACCUCCACACUGCCCCAUAGACCCGUAAACCCAGAAAACCACCCCGUAACUCCAUAAGAAUCCCAUAAACACUUCAAAACCCCGUAAGCAUUUUAUAACCCCAUGAUCACGUAAUCCCGUAAGAACCCCCUAACCAUUUAAUUCCAUAAAAUUAUGUCGUAACCCCAUGAACACACCAUAACCCCAUAAGCACACCCCGUAUCAACCCCAUAACCACCCCACCACUCCACAACCACUCCCAUGACCCCACAUCCACAUAACCCCCACACUCCCCAUAUCAACCCCAUCACUCUAAACCCCACAUAACCACCCCUUUAACCUCGUCAACCCAUAGCCCCACACCAACCCCUUCACCCCAUAACCACCCCGCAUCCCAGUAACUCCGCACCCCCAUAACCACCUCACGCACCCCAUAACCAUCCCAUAAUACCCCUCAGACCUCACCCAAUCGGCAUGCAGGUCACCCCACCACCCCGCACCCCCAUAACCACCCCAGUAACUCCAACACCCCACAUCCCCACACCAGCCUCAUAUUCUCAUAUUCCAUCACCACAUAACCCCAUAACCAGCACAUAACCCCAUAACC